CAGACGCCCCUCGGCUAGGGUUUAUUAAGUCCCUCCCAAGGGGCUAGUGGGCGUGCCGUGAAGGAGAACGAGGUCGUGGGGACGAGAGAAGAGAAGGAGUAGAGCGCAGGGCAACAGCAUGGCGAUGAUUUUGGGCUACUGGAAUAUUAGAGGGCUUGCCCAUGCUAUCAGACUUCUGCUAGAAUACACAGAAACUCCAUAUGAGGACAAACAGUAUAGUGGUGGAGAAGAUACUAUUGCCUCUUGGAAAAUGCUGGCUGAGUAUUAUGUUGGGAAUUCUCUCUGGUCCUGAUUUUGACACCAGUCAGUGGACUUCUGUGAAAGAGACGUUGGGCUUGGACUUCCCAAAUCUCCCUUACCUGAUUGAUGGGGAGACCAAGAUUACCCAGAGUAAUGCCAUCCUGCGGUACCUUGCACGGAAGUACAACAUGUAUGGUGAGAGUGAAGAAGAAAUUAUCAAAAUGGAUAUGCUUGAGAACCAUCUCAUGGAUCUCCGAAUGAGCUUUGCAAGAUUGUGCUACAACCCAGAUUUUGAAAAACUGAAACCCGAGUACUUGGAACAGUUGCCAGGGAUACUUAGGCUCUUCUCCCGCUUCCUGGGUGACAGGGAAUGGUUUAUUGGAAAUAAGAUCACCUAUGUAGAUUUCAUUAUAUAUGAUUUCUUGGAUCAUCAGCAAAUGUUUGAGCCAAAAUGCUUGGAUCAGUUCACAAACCUGAGGGAUUUUUUUGAUCGUUUUGAGGCCUUAGAGAAGAUUUCUGCCUACAUGAAUUCCAGCCGCUUCAUGAAGACUCCCACCUUUUGGAGGAUCGCCAAGUGGGGCAAUAAAAAAGAGUAGAGGAGAAAAUUCCUUGUAUGCACAAGAAUAUAUUAUUGAGGGAAUCUUGAAUCCCUUCAUGCCUUUAAACUGUUUUAUGCAGUGACUCCUGUGGCCAUAAACUACCCUUGUUAAUUCUUGAAAGUUUAUCACACUUUAAAAUUAGGGUCACAUGCUGUUUGCAAGCCUGGCUACUGGCUAGCUUUCCAUGGGAAUAAAUUGAGGUUGUUCAUGCGGGCGAGUGGGGAGGCUGGGUAAACUCACCAGCCCAGACAAGUGAGCUCUUGUUUUGAUAGCUUGAACCUCACUCCCGUACAAGCCGUGCUACACUGUGCAGCUCCAGAGGCCAGAUGAUGCAUCCAGGUCUCCGGGAAUCCCACAAUGCACCAUGUGACAUGCGUGGUGCAUCAGGAGAUUCUCCUAAGAGACAGGCACUCUAGGAAACUGUCCCUGUGUGCAGCUGGGCUGGAAGCAGCCCGGCUUGCACAUGAGCAGCAAGUGGAGGUUAAGGAGGAGCUCACUCCUUUAACCUCGGCUAGCAGCUGGGCUAGGCGGAUGCUGUCUCGCCAGGAUCAGGCCUGAUCCUAGUGGUUCUCAUGCACAGCCUAACCCAGGCUGGUCAUCCCUAGCUUGGGUUAGUCUGUGCAUGAGAACAGCCUCAUUAAAUGUUUCCAAGCGCCCCUUAGGCAUCACUCUAUGAUGUGUGAAACAUCAGCCUUUCCCGGGGACAUCCCUUCACUGACAGCGGCAAAGUGCAUUACUAACAUGCCCAUUUUGUGCCAGAUUGACUAGCAGGGACCAGUGGAGCACGAAGCAUCACAGGUCUAAUUUGUAUGGAUGGAUAGUACUGAACUGCUCCUCUCAGUCAUUGGUAGGGCCAUUAAACAUGAUUGGUGAAAUACUGGCCCAAAUGUUUUUUAGCCUUUCUGUGAUAGUGUCACCACCAAGCUGUCUCCCCAAGCCCCCCACACACUACAAUAAAGAUAUGCAACGAGGCAUGUGAGAGACUAGCUCACAUAGUGUCCAAGGAUAUGUGAUAUAUUAUUAUAUCUGAGCCCAGUAACACUGCAUGCGUUCAAAUUGCAUGAACACACAAACUGCACAAAUACCUUACACCAUUAAGCAACCAUUAUUAUUAACCAUUAUUAAGAGAGCCAGCGUGGUGUAGUGGUUAGAGUGCUUCACUAGGACUGGGGAGACCCGAGGUCAAAUCCCCAUUCAGCCAUGAUACUAGCUGGGUGACUCUGGGCCAGUCACUUCUCUCUCAGCCUAACCUACUUCACAGGGUUGUUGUGAGGAGAAACUUAAGUAUGUAGUACACCGCUCUGGGCUCCUUGGAGGAAGAGCGGGAUAUGAAUGUAAUGAAUAAAUAAAUAAAUAAAUAAAUUAUUUCCAACGCAAUAUGUAAUAGUUGCAUGCAUGCAGCACUAUGAGGCUGGUGUACGCUUGCACAGUAUGUCAGCCACUGUACUAUGUGCAUCAGGCUCUACAGUAAAAACAAAAAAUGGCAUCCAAAUAACCUAAAUCUAAAAAUAACUUGAUAAAAUAGUGUGUGAGGCAAGAACACCUUAUCAAACAAAUCUUUAAAAAUAAAUGGAUGAACCGAUUGACUUAAAAUUCAAUAAACAGUCCUGUCAAUCCUGAACUAGACGUGUUUCAAAUUUCAGAGCUCUCUGCCCAGCCACUUCCAAUUUUUUUCUUCUUUUCAUAGACAUGUAUGGGGACCCCCACCCCCCCAACUGAUUAAUGCUAAUGGAUUGGCAAGGUGUUCUGGCCCAAGAACCCCUUUAAAAAUUGUUUGGGGGAACAAUAAUCCCUGCUGCAUCUAUUUGAGAGGAGAAACUAUUCCAUGUUCUGGGACAUGGGUAAAUGCACAGGUAGGCUGGCAGACAGCAGAAGACUGCAGCCAUUUUUCAAACGGCCAACAAAAAACAAUUGCUCUCACUGCCAAAAGAUGCUGAUGCCGUUUUGUAUUUCUGACAUCACUUUGUCUUCAGAUAGCUAUAAUGAUAUUUUACUUGAUUUUUUUGAUAAUUCCAAUAAUCCUGAUCAAAUCUAAGGUUCUAAAUAUCAAAUUGGAAUUAUUUCCAAUCUCAGAUAUUCCCAUUAGCAUCCUGAUAUCCAUAUCAGAGAGAUCCUACCACAAAGGCCCAGCAAUGAGUAUACUAGCUGGACCAUUGUCUCUUCCUGGUUCCAAAAUAUUGCACUUUAGAUUGCUGGCAAAAGGUGAUAUCCCUGCAACAAAAAAACAGCCUUGUUAAAAGAUGUGAAGACUGCACAAGAAAUGUGCACCUUUUGAAUAAUAAACUGGGACAUCCUUAGAGGUAGCUUAGAGGUUUUAGAGAGAGCAAAAAUCCAGUUCUGUUGUUGGCCAAGCAGUUAAGUGAUCAAAACAGAUCUUCAAAGGAUGAUUACAAACAGGUUCAGCUCCAGCUGCUUAACAUCUAGGGUUCAUACAUUGCAUUAUUAAUACACAUGUACAAAAUAUUCUGUGUCAGUAACCACACAUUUAGAGUAUACACACACACACACACACACACGAAUGAGACACACACACUCUUCCCCCUUGUAGAUAUGGGAACACUGAUGAGCCGAGAUUGGCAUGCCCUGCGCAUGCGUACAUGCAGUUAUGCUACAUGUCUGCAACUAUGCAAUGUCUAGAGCGGAUCUUCUUCACUACUGUUGUUGUAGAGGAUGUUCAGAGAAAGGAGUGUCUCACCAUGAAUACAAACCUCCCAUGAAUUCUUCCCUCCCAUGGAUUUAAUUUUUUUUAAAAAAUUUAGUUAAAUUUAAUUUAAGGCUGUGCCUGGCUUUGAAGCUGCCUGCCUGCUGCCACCACACCAUAGUUACAGAGAGGCUUUUUCUCUCUCUGAUUUAAAUUUUCUGUAAUUUAAAUGUCAUUAAUUUGUGGGAUGUGAUAGACAUACAAACAAAAGCAAAAGCAAGGAAUUCUCAGAGGAGGGCAUUAUAUACCAUUCCUCUCAGAUGCCAUUUUUAUUUUAAUUUUUUCAGUUCUCUUCCUUUUCAAAAUGUUUGGAUUGGUUACUUUCUGGUUUUUAUUUGGGCCUGCUGCUGGCCUCCCUCCCUGCUGCCCAUGCCGUCCUCCUGUGAGCGAGUGGGUGCUGUUCUCUGCUUCUCUGCUGCUUGGCCCAGCAGUCCCUGGCUGGCCUUCUGCCCCUGUCCUGGACAACCAAGGGAGGGUUCAGACUAUGUCAAAUUGCUUCCAGCUUCUCAUGCAAGAGUCUGUCUUUUAAAGACCUUGUUUCCCUAUUGAAAUGUAUUUAUUUUAUUUAAAACAUGUAUAUGCCACCCCAAAUGCAAGUCUCUGGGCGGUUUACAACAAAACAAUAAAAACAGAUAAAAAGAUUAACACAUUACAACAAUUAAAAUUUAAAAUGCUAAAACUAUUGAAAACACCAUUAAAACAGUAUCUAAUUAAAAUCCUGGGUGAACAAAUGCAUCUUGGCUGCCUUUUAAAAAGUUGUAAGAGAUGGGGAGGCUCUUAUUUCAGCAGGAAGUGGGUUCCAAAGCCUUGGGGCAGCAACAGAGAAGACCCGUCUCUGAGUAGCCACCAGACCAGGGGCGUAGCUAGGGAAGAGGGGGCCCGUGUUCAUCCCUCUCUCUGGCAGCCCCUCAGAUUGAGGGAGACAAUGGAGAAAAUAGGGAGGGAUGGAGCUGGAAGGCCCUCAGGAGCUGGGGGCCCAUGUUCUUUGAACCCUUUUGCUCAAUUAUAGCUAUGCCCCUGCACCAGACGAGCUGGUGGCAACUACAGACAAACCUCUGCAGAUGAUCUCAAUGUGUGGUGAGAUUCAUAGUGAAGAAGGCAUUCUCUUAAGAACCCAGGGCCCAAGCUGUUUAGGGCUUUAUAGGAUAUAACAAAAACCUUGUAUUUUGCCUGGAAACAUAUUGGCAACCAGUGUACUGUAGAUCUUUUGAGAUAGGAGCCAUAUGGUCUCUCUGAGAUGACCCAGAGCCCAACCUAGCUGCCACAUUCUGGACCAACUGCACUUUCCAGACUACAUACAAAGGCAGCCCCACAUAAAGCACAUUGCAGUAAUCAAGUCUGAAGGUGACCAGCAAAUGUACUACUCUUCUGAGGUCAUUUAUCUCAAGAAAUGGACACAGCUGGUGUAUCGGCCAAAGCUGAUAAAAGACACUUCUGGCCACUGCCUCAACCUGGGACACCAGGAGAGGUUUGUGUCCAGAAGCACCCCCAGAAUGUGUACCUGUUCCUUCUGGGGAAGUGUGAGCCCAUCCAGAACUGACAGAUCAAAAUCAUCUCCUGAGUUCCACACAAUAAGUAAGUAAAUACUGAUUGUAUAAUUUAUUAUUCACUAGUCGACAUUAGGCCCGUUACAUUAACGGGCGCUAGAAGAGUUGCCCGUGGCUCCGGCCGGGCCCACCGCCGCCUCGCCUGGCUUCCCCGCCGCCUCCUCGCCGGACGCCUUUACACGUGCGCCAUGCAUGCGCAGAACACCCGCAAGAGACACGGACGCAGGUACCUUAGGGUUUAAUUAUAUUAACAAUUACAUUUCUAUACCACCUAAUUCAGUGAUCUCUAGGCAGUUUAAAAGCUUAAGAACCAACAAUUAAAAGUAAGAAACAAAACAAAGACAACUACAGACAAGCUUUUAAUGCACAGAUAAAACAAAAACAAAGAUCUUACAAACACUUUUCAGUGUUAAAACACCAUAGUCCAUACUCUGUCUCAAACAGCUGGAGCACACUCUUCAAAUUAAUUACAGCAACUGAAGCUAAAUAACCAAUCCAUGAACAGGAGAAAGGAGGGAGGAGGAGAUGACUACAGAACAGAAUUUUAACCCUUUUACAGACCAAUAAAUUUCAUUGCCUUUUUCAUUUCUUCCCUAACAUUAAUGGUUGGUUGCAGCUAUUCAAUACACAGGGCCUCUUUUUUACACAGUGACUUUACUGUAUUCCCUUCAAUAGCCAAAAUAAACAUCUUUGUAAAAUUCUU